AUGUCCGCCUUCACCUCGUCCCUGCGUCCUCUCGUGCGCGCCUCGCACGGCGCUGCUCUUUCCGCGCGCUCUUUCAGCAGCUCUGCGUCGCGCUCCGUUGCCCGUAUGAUCCUCACCGGCCGUCUUGGGAGCGAACCCGAGCUGCAAGCCACAUCGACCGGUCAGGAUGUCAUCAAAUAUGCGGUGUCCUCCUCCUACGGCCCCCGGGACAAUCGCCAGACGAGCUGGUUCCGCGUUGCCAGCUUCGCGCCCGAAGGGCCGCAGCGGGACUACCUCCUAGGCUUGCCGAAAGGAACCCUGGUCUACGUCGAGGGCGACGCAACCAUGCGUUCGUACGAAGAUGCCGACGGCAAAAAGCAGUCAACCCUAAGUCUCGUUCAACGUAAGCUUCAACUCUGA